AUCACAGCAGCGAUGCAGAGGACUGCUGGUCGAAGCAGAAUUUACUGGGGAAUGACAGGACAUGGAGUUCAGCCACCACUUUUAUAACUUAACUGUCUAGUCCGUUAGUUUCUGGCAAUGAAUUCCAAUAUAUCCUUACUGGACGGUGGAGCCCACGUCGAAACACUCAGAGCGCGACUUCCAAGCUGUUAAUACUCGCUGGCGUUGGCUAACCUGGGUAGCCUGUUAGCCGUCUAAGCUAGCAUGGCCAACACUGAGAACGGCCGCCACUCCGUGGACUCAAGGAGCAUCAGGACCAUCAGUAGCAGCCGUAUCGACGACGAAAGCUCGCUGGGCUCGGACUCCGAGAUCAAUGGCUUCACCACCGACAGACAAACCGAUAAAUAUGGAUUUAUUGGUGGAGCGCAGCAGUACACGGAAGCUUCAGCUCUGGAUGUGCCUCCAGCAGUGCUGAGGCAAAGGGAGGUGAAGUGGCUGGAUAUGCUCAAUCACUGGGACAAGUGGAUGAUCAAGCGAUACAAUAAGGUGAGGCUUCGUUGCCAAAAAGGAAUUCCUCCUUCCCUGCGAGGCCGUGCAUGGCUUUACCUUUCAGGGGGGAAGGGAAAGAAAGAGCAGAACCAAGGAAAGUUUCAGGAGUUGGAUAGCCAGCCAGGGGACCCCAAAUGGCAGGAUGUGAUUGAAAAAGACCUCCAUCGACAGUUCCCAUUUCAUGAGAUGUUUGUGUCGCGUGGAGGACAUGGACAGAAGGACCUUUUCCGUGUUUUGAAGGCCUACACUCUAUACAGACCAGAGGAGGGAUACUGUCAGGCACAGGCUCCCAUUGCUGCUGUGUUACUCAUGCACAUGCCGGCUGAGGAUGCCUUCUGGGGGUUGGUGCAAAUUUGUGAGAAGUACCUCCCUGGCUACUACAGCCCGGGCUUGGAGGCUAUACAGUUAGAUGGAGAGAUCCUAUUUGCUUUGCUUCGACGCGUCUCCCCACUAGCCUACCGUCAUCUGGAGAAACACAAGAUCGACCCCAUCCUGUACAUGACUGAAUGGUUUAUGUGCGCCUUCUCUAGAACGCUGCCAUGGGCCUCAGUGUUGCGUGUCUGGGACAUGUUCCUCUGUGACGGCGUGAAAAUAAUUUUUCGAGUGGGAUUGGUGCUACUAAAGUGCAUGCUGGGUAGCCGUGAGAAGUUGAAGGCCUGCCAGGGUCAGUAUGAAACCAUGGAGCUUCUCCGAACCAUACUCCCUCGCUACAUGCAGGAGGGCUUCCUUGUCCGAGAGAUCCUGGAGGUGCCAAUUACGGCACGAGAUGUGGAAAGGGAGAAUCACACCCAACUCAAGCGCUGGAAGAAGAACCACGGAGAGCUCAGUUUCAAAUCCCCGCCGAGGAUGCACGGCGCCCGUCUCAUCAUGCUGGCUGACCCGCCGAGGCGCCAGGACCUGCAGCAGCACCCCACUAUUUUAGUGGAGGAAGAGGAGCUCAGCCAGCAGCUAAAGAAGGCACAGAAAAGCAAAAAGAAAAGUCUGAAGAAGUCCCAGUUCCCUGAGGAUAUCCCAAACCCUUACCCUCUUUCCAGUGCUAUGCCACCACCACCCGCUUAUCCACCAGCUCCACCUCCAGUUCUAAGCAAGCCCACAGAGACUGUGCCACAGAGUGAAACAAUUCCAAUUCUGCAGGGGCGUGCACCUCCUGCAGAGGUCCCCGCUGCCAAAGAGACUCUCCUUCAACGAUCUACACAAAGCCUUAGCAGCACAGAGCAAGAUACCUACCUGUAACUCUGAAGCUGUGUGUGUGUGUGUGUGUGUGUGUGUGUGUGUGUGUGUGUGUGUGUGUGUGUGUGUGUGUGUGUAUGUGUAAGUGUGUGCGUGAGCACGUGUGUAAAAAGCACCAGCAUCCUUCAGCUAAUGACCAGCCAGGGAUGAGUGUUGGACUCAUCUUUUAGCAUGGGGUGUACAACUACCAUGUAAAAAUGACACUUUUUCCUCCUAACUGGUGCUGUGUGAUGCUCUUUCUCCAAACAUCUCCACAGUAUGUCCUCACCAGUGGCCGAUUGUCAGUGACUUCCUGGGAGACUGUCACCACUUUUUGGUGUUUGGGAACAAAAAAGUGCCAAAGCUAAUGUGUUUGAUGUCCACUCAGAUCCAACACUACUGUGGUACUUUUGAAAGUGAAAUUCUACAUGAGUGAGUAACCUUCAUGAAGUGUUUUGAUCAGUAGUAGCUGUCGUUCCUUCUCCAUUCCCUGUUUGUGAAACUUAACACAUCCAAGUUGGGAGACAAUAUUUCUCAGUCAUUUAUUUAUCUUUUCUAAACUUUUCAUAGUCUUGCAUUUACAUUCAAAUCUGUCUCAAUAUUGUACUUGUAUUGAUUUUUCCAUCAUUUAUUCAUUCUGUUUUCUCUUGUCACAAAAGCCUUGCAUAUGUACAAAAUGCCUUUUUCCCUUCAAGUAUUCUUUGAAGCGAUUCACUUAAAACCACAGUCACUGUGCCAUGUUCUGCAGCUUUGGAGCAGCAGUUGUUGACUUAACCGAGGAACUUAGCAACAAGAACACUGCACCAACAUUCUUGUCGUCUUAACAGCCAAUCAGCCUUAACAUGCUUGUUUGCCAAAUACUAAUUGGUGACUUUGUACAUUGAUUUCCUGUCACAACUUAGAUAUUUUAUAAUGGUGCUGACCUUAGUUUUGCGUUUGCUUGGAAAUUCUACACUUGGGAGCAUUUCGACCUUUUUUUUAAUCUUACUGAAAAUUCCAAAGCAGAUCAAGCUGUUUUAAGCUUAUUCCAUUUGGACAAUAAUUGUGAGUUCAAGCCUUCCUGGUGGGUUUGAAGCCAUUUUUGGUUUCUUUCUUCGACUUUGUUCAAGUUCAUAGACCAGACCAAUCGUUUUUGCUGCUUUUACAAAGCAACAGAACAGGAUGUUUCAUUAUAAUAGUAGUUUCCCCCCUGUUUCUUCUACUACAGACACAUUUGUCUUUUGUUCCAUGAACUUAACAUGCAUUAUGUAGAACUGACAGGACCUUUCAUGAUGAAAUCAUUUAUCUUAGCGUGUAAUGCAAAGCAAUCAAAUGCCAUUUCUACAUUUUGUACUUUGUAUCAACUCUAUGACACUAGGAAAAAAAGCAUUGAUGUCAGAGUGGGCAACAAUCAUACUGUAUGUACUACAAAUAAAUAAAUCUUUGGAAAAAUCA